GGAAUGGUUGAACUCCCCUGGUUUUACAGAUGACGUGGCGAAUUGGGAGCCGUUGGUGAUGGUCCAAACGUGGUUCGCUUUAAGAGCAUUCAUUUAUUCUUUCUUCUUUUUUUUCGUUUCCUAAUUUUCUAAUCUUUUUGAACGUGGGGUCCAAGGGGGCUCGUGGAUACCACAUCCAUAUGUUGUAAGACGUGGCCACCAAAUCCACUACAGGAGGGCCGAACAAACCCACUGCCGCCUAAGAUCCAAAUCAUUGAACUUUUGGGCCGAAGUGGGUUCAAGAGUUCUAGAAUCUGGGCCAAACAAAUCCGGCCCGGUUGAAAAUUUCCAUUGGGAGCAGUAAUAACAAAUUAAAAACUAACAAAGUAAAGUUAGGAUGGGGAUAGAAAUAAUUUUUGAAUUGUUAUGGUAAUAGAGUUGUUACGUGCAUGGCAUUGGGGGAUUAAGAUUUAAGAAUCACCAUUCAUUUAUACCCGCCAUUUGUCUAAAUGUCUAUCUAUGGUCUUCCCUUAAUACUCGCUCUCUUUCAUUUUCUCUUUUUCUCAAUUUUUUUUUUUUUUAAAUUUUGACUUUAUUCGUUUCUCUUUCUCUCAUUUGUUUUCUUAAUUCUUUGAAUUAAUCUCCCCCAUUUUCCUUGCUGGGAAUUUAGCUCCUGCGACAUUUUUUAUAAUGGCAUCGCAGCAGGAUAAGGCUAGGCCAUUGCCCAAGUUUGGAGAUUGGGAUGUGAAUAAUCCUGCCUCGGCUGAAGGAUUCACUGUGAUAUUUAGCAAAGCUAGAGAUGAGAGGAAAUCAAAUUCGGAUUCUGGUGGGAAAGGCACAGCACAAAGGAAUAAUAAUCUAUCCACUAAACAACCAGAAGGAGCUUAUGAAGACCUACCCAUGAAGAAAUGGUUUUGCUGUUUCUGAAACUCCAUUUGGGAAUAUUAAUGGUGCAUGUAGAAACCAGUAUAUGGUGUUUGAUCAUAAUCCAUCAGCAGCAGGGAAUAUGCGGCGGUUUGGUUAAUCUCUUAAACAUGAUUUUCUUAUUCAAAACCCUUUCCAUCUUCUCCCUACUUCUCCUAUCCUUGUUGUAAUUUGUAGGAAGAAUGAGAGACGGUAUAUGAACAUAGGACAUAAAUAUUGUUCAUACUAUGUAUGCAUGUACUUAAAAUUGUUUAGAAUCUCUUUAGUACUCUGGAUUACUUAUUUGUCAAUAUUAGAAAGUGGCAUUGUCUCC